AUGAGUGAAUCCGAAAGCUAUGCCUUCUCUGCUGAUAUCAACCAGCUUUUGUCGUUGAUUAUCAACACCUUCUACUCCAACAAGGAGAUCUUUCUUCGCGAGUUGGUUUCCAACGCCAGUGAUGCCCUGGACAAGAUCCGUUACCAAUCUUUGACCGACAGCAGCGUCUUGGAUGCGGAACCUGAACUUCACAUCAAGCUUGUCGCCGAUAAGGCCAACAACACACUUACCAUUGAGGAUUCCGGUAUUGGUAUGACCAAGGCCGAUUUGGUCAACAACCUUGGUACCAUCGCCAAGUCCGGAACCAAGGCCUUCAUGGAGGCUCUUUCCGCUGGUGCCGACAUUAGUAUGAUUGGUCAAUUCGGUGUGGGUUUCUACUCUGCCUAUCUCGUCGCUGAUAGAGUUGAAGUCAUCUCCAAACACAACGACGAUGAAUGCUACAUUUGGAGUUCUGAGGCUGGUGGUUCUUUCACCAUCACUGAAGCCAAGGACUCGGGAAUCAACCGUGGAACCAGAAUCAUUCUUCACCUCAAGGAAGACAUGUCUGAAUACCUUGAAGAGAAGCGCGUCAAGGACUUGAUCAAGAAGCACUCUGAAUUUAUUGGCUUCCCUAUCAAGCUUUACACAGAAAAGACCACCGAAAAGGAAGUCACCGAUGAUGAUGACGAUGACGAGGAUGAGGAAGGCGACGACGACAAGCCAAAGGUAGAGGAAGUCGACGAGGAGGAAACCAAGAAGGAAAAGAAGACCAAGAAGAUCAAGGAGGUCAGCCACGAAUGGGAGCACUUGAAUAACACCAAGCCCAUCUGGAUGCGCAAACCCGACGAAGUUACCCAAGACGAAUAUGUUGCUUUCUACAAAUCCAUCUCCAACGACUGGGAAGAGCAUGCUGCCGUCAAGCACUUCUCCGUUGAGGGACAAUUGGAAUUCAAGGCUAUCCUCUUCUGCCCCAAGCGUGCUCCAUUCGAUAUGUUCGACGGAGGCAACAAGAAGAAGCACAACUUCAUCAAGUUGUACGUCCGACGUGUCUUCAUCAUGGACAACUGCGAGGACAUUAUGCCCGAGUGGUUGCAAUUCGUCAAGGGUGUGGUCGACUCUGAGGAUCUUCCACUGAACAUUUCGCGUGAAACCCUUCAACAGAACAAGAUUCUUCGUGUCAUCAAGAAGAACCUUGUCAAGAAGUGUAUCGAGAUGUUCAACGAUCUCACCGAGAACGAAGAUGCCUACAAGAAGUUCUACGAAGCUUUCUCCAAGAACAUGAAGCUUGGUAUCCAUGAAGACUCCACCAACCGAGCCAAGAUUGCCAAGUUGUUGCGUUACCACUCCACCAAGGCUGGUGAUGAGAUGACCAGUCUUGAGGACUAUGUCAGUCGCAUGGCCGAUGACCAACCUGGAAUCUACUACAUCACUGGAGAGUCCAAGCGCUCUGUUGAGACUUCUCCGUUCCUCGAGAAGCUAAAGAAGAAGGGAUACGAAGUUUUGUUCAUGGUUGACCCCAUUGAUGAGUACGCUGUCCAACAACUGAAGGAAUUCGAUGGAAAGAAGCUUCUUGCUGCUACGAAGGAAGGACUUGAUAUCAAUGAAGAUGAAGCUGAGAAGGCUGCCUUUGAAGAGGCCAAGGCCAAGACCGAAUCUCUAUGCAAGCUCAUGAAGGAAGUCUUGGAAGAUAAGGUUGAGAAGGUCGUUGUUUCCAACCGUCUGGCCGAUUCCCCAUGCGUUCUUGUAACUGGCGAAUAUGGAUGGUCCGCCAACAUGGAACGUAUCAUGAAGGCCCAGGCACUUCGUGAUGCCACCCAAUCUGCCUACAUGAUGUCGAAGAAGACUAUGGAAGUCAACCCCACAAAUUCCAUCAUUACGGCUCUUCGUGAGAAGGCCGAUGCUGACCAAAGCGACAAGACAGUCAAGGAUCUAAUCUGGCUUCUCUACGAUACUUCCCUACUCACAUCUGGUUUCUCGUUGGAGGAGCCCGCCACUUUUGCUUCUCGCAUCCACCGUCUCGUCAAACUUGGUUUGUCCAUUGAUGAUGACGAUGAUGAUGCUGCCGACAAUGACAUGGAUGACUUGCCUCCUCUUGACGAUGAUGACGACAACGAAGAGUCUGCCAUGGAACAAGUUGACUAA